AUGGCGACCGCGGCGGCUGGCGUGCUGGCUUUGCCGGCGUUUGCCGAAGGCGACAUGUCGCUGGCCGAGGCGCCCUGCGAGAACUGCGCCGAUGAACUGACCGUCGUCUCCUGGGGCGGCGCCUAUCAGAAUUCGCAGAUCAAGGCCUAUUCGGAGCCCUAUGCCGAGGCGACGGGCGUCACCUUCGUUUGGGACGAAUCCUCGGCCGAGGCCGUUGCCAAGCUGCGUGCCAUGAGCGAAGCCGGCAACGUGACCUGGGACGUCGUCGAUGUGGUGGCUUCGGAUGCAAUCCGCCUGUGUGACGAGGGUCUUGCGAUCGAGAUCGACGGCGCGACCGAACUGGCCCCCGCUCCGGACGGCACGUCGGCCGACGAUGAUUUCGGCGUGCUGCGCGUCAACGACUGCUUCGUGCCGCAGAUCGUUUAUUCGACGACAUUCGGCUAUCGCACCGAUGUGGCCGAGUGGAACGGUGCCGUGCCCGAUGACAUCUGCGACAUCUUCGACCUGGAAACCUUCCCGGGCAAACGGUCACUGCAGAGGCGUCCGAUCGACAACAUGGAAUGGGCGACAUACUGCAACGGCACACCGAAAGAUGAAAUCUACGAUGUGCUGAGCACCGACGAGGGUAUCGCAGCCGCGCUCGCCAAGCUCGACACGAUCAAGGACCAGGUCGUCUGGUGGACGGCCGGUGCCGAGACGCCGCAGCUGCUGGCCGACGGCGAAGUCGUGAUGGGUUCGACGUUCAACGGCCGCUUGUUCUCGGCGAUCGCCGAGCAGGACCAGCCCAUCGCCAUGAUGUGGGACAUGCAGUCGUUCGACCUUGACGGCUGGAUCAUUCCGGAGGGCCUGGACGAGGCACGUCUCAACCGCGCCAAGCACUUCCUGAAGUUCGCCACCGACACGCAGCGUCUGGCGGACCAGGCCAAGUACAUCUCCUACGGCCCGGCUCGCGCAUCGUCCGCGCCGCUGGUGGGCACCCAUGCCGAGCUUGGCAUCGACAUGGCGCCGCACAUGCCGACCGAUCCGGCGAACGCUGCCAACGUCCACAAUUACGACUACACCUGGUGGGCCGACAAUCGCGACGACAUCGACGCGAAAUUCCAGGCCUGGCUGGUUCAGUAA